GUUUCAGGGAUCACAUCCAAACUCGCUGAUUUAAUGGAGGAUUCUAGUGACCUCCGUGAUCGGCCAAGUAUUGUGUCACGUUUCUUUUCAAGUCUAGCUGUGAAAUAUCAGUAUUACUUGGAUAAGUUAACACCGUAUAGUUCGAUUCGAUGGGGAAUCGCGAUUGCUUUCGUUAUCCUCUUUCUUUGGCGAGUCGUCGAACUACAAGGUUUCUACAUUGUUACUUAUGCUCUCGGAAUUUAUUAUUUAAAUUUGUUCCUUGCGUUCUUGACACCAAAAAUUGAUCCAGCACUUGAUUUUGAAAGCGAAGAUGAAGAUGGACCAACUUUGCCGUCUAAGGGAAGUGAAGAAUUUCGUCCGUUUAUGAGACGUUUACCGGAAUUUAAAUUUUGGUAUUCAGCUAUUAAAGCAACAGUCAUUGCGUUUAUAUGCACAUUUUUUUGAGAUAUUCAAUGUUCCAGUUUUCUGGCCCAUACUCGUCAUGUAUUUCAUCGUCUUAACUUGUCUGACCAUGAAACGACAAAUUAUGCAUAUGAUAAAAUACCGCUACAUACCGUUUACUACGGGAAAACCGCGAAUGCGUGGAAAAGAAGAUUCCGGUGUGGUUGUGCAAGGCUAGUGCCUACAUACUACUUCGUCUCUGAAACUACUGUGAUUUGAAAGAAACGUUGCACAAUCAGAACGCGCUAUUUCUUCUUGAUUCUUAGCGACAAACAAUUUCUUCAGCAGAUGUACUGAAAGUGAACUGCCUUCAUUUCACAAAAAUUCUUAGUUUUAUAAUUCAGUCCUCAUUUCCUAGUAUCAUUGAUAAGUAGCAUGCGCGAUAUAAAUGAUAGUGCAAUCAUUAUCCGGUUAUCAAUAGUGAUUAAUGUUGUUGUUGUUGUAUUGUAACGAAGCUGAUAUCUAGUUUCGUCUAAUUUUCACCUGUUUGAUUUUAUAUGUGGUAUUAAUCAACUGCAGCUAAUGAUGUCGAUUGUUCUGUCCUGCGGCUGUUAUAAAUAUGUUGAAAUUUGUGUAUUUGAAUGGUUUGACUAUAUAGGG